AAGGGCGAGACGAUCCAUGAGGCGAAACAAAAGCAAGGUUCGUUCCCCGAAUAAAAGAGAAAGCCAAGGGUGGAUGGAGUAAAAAAAAGCGACUAGUAGAAAUAACUCCUCGAGGCCGAAUCGAGCAAGACGAGGAGGAGGAUAGAGAAAAAGCGCGGGGGCGCGAACGGAAGCAAGCCUUAGUUAUCCACCCACCCCGUCGCACUCGCACCGCAUCUCCCCCGAUCCCCAAUUCCUCCCAUUCUCCACGACCCUCGCCGCCCAUGGAUCACCACCUCACGCCGUCGCCGCCGUCGCCGAUGGAGAACUCCGCGGCGGGGCCGUCCUCGAAGCCGCCGACACCGGCGUCCACGCCCAACUCACGCCUCGCCUCGGCGCCGUCCUCCCGCCACUCCGCCACGACGUCGCACGCGUCGGCGCCGUCGUCGGCACCGACGCCGGCCUCCCGCACCGUCUACAGCGACCGCUUCAUCCCCAGCCGCACCGGAUCCAACCUCGCGCUCUUCGACCUCGCCCCCUCGCCAUCCGCCGCAUCCUCCUCCCACGAAGGCGGGCCCGCGGUCUCGUCUGGAUCUGCGACCGCCGCGUCGCCCUACUGCGCGCUCCUCCGCGCCGCGCUCUUCGGGCCCGACACGCCCGACCGGGUCGCGUCCUCGGCCACCGCGUGCUCGUCGUCCUCCUCCCCGGGGCCCUCGCCUGUGGGCACCCCCGCCACCGGGAACAUCUUCAGAUUCAAGACGGAGGUGCGCCGGAGCGCCAAGAGGGCGCUUUUCUCCGGAGAGGAAGAGGAGGACGCACUGUUCCCCGGCAUUUUCACCACCAGGGGCGCGGGCCCAAGGAAGGUUCCAAGGUCGCCCUACAAGGUGCUGGAUGCGCCCGCUUUGCAGGACGACUUCUACCUGAACCUUGUAGAUUGGUCAUCACAUAAUGUCCUCGCAGUUGGGUUGGGCAAUUGUGUUUACUUGUGGAAUGCAUGCAGCAGCAAGGUCACCAAGCUUUGUGAUUUGGGGGUGGAUGACAAUGUUUGUUCUGUGGGAUGGGCGCAGCGCGGCACUCACCUAGCUGUAGGCACAAAUCAAGGAAAAGUUCAGAUCUGGGAUGCAACUCGUUGUAAAAGAAUAAGAACGAUGGAAAGCCAUCGCAUGCGUGUAGGUGCUCUUGCAUGGAGUUCUUCAUUGCUUUCUUCUGGAAGCCGUGACAAGAGCAUCCUCCACCAUGAUAUCCGUGCUCAAGAAGAUUAUGUUAGCAAGCUUACCGGGCAUAAAUCUGAGGUUUGUGGACUCAAGUGGUCUUACGACAAUCGGCAGCUUGCAUCAGGUGGCAAUGAUAACAGACUUUUUGUUUGGAAUCCACAUUCAGUACAACCAGUACUGAAGUAUACUGAGCACACAGCAGCUGUCAAAGCUAUUGCCUGGUCUCCUCAUCUUCAUGGCUUGCUUGCAUCUGGUGGAGGAACCGCAGAUAGAUGCAUACGGUUUUGGAAUACGACCACUAAUACAAACUUGAGCUGUGUGGACACUGGAAGCCAGGUCUGCAAUCUUGCGUGGUCAAAGAAUGUAAAUGAGCUUGUUAGCACCCAUGGGUACUCUCAGAACCAAAUAAUUGUUUGGAGAUAUCCAACAAUGUCGAAGCUUGCCACUUUGACAGGGCAUACAUACAGAGUAUUAUAUUUAGCUAUUUCCCCUGAUGGCCAGACCAUAGUUACUGGUGCUGGUGAUGAAACACUCCGUUUUUGGAACGUGUUCCCUUCACCAAAGUCCCAGAGUUCUGAUAGUUUAAGUUGCAUCGGGGGAACAUCAUUUGUUAGAAGCUACAUCCGGUGACACUGAAAUCUAGUUUUGCUGAGCUCGUAAGAUUAUUGCAGCAUAUGUUGAUGAUCAUCAACAUCAUUCCAUUUGCAACAAACCAUAUCACCAGGUCAUCAACCAUCAAAGGUAGCCGAAUUUUUGAGAUGGCACGAUGCAAUAUGGUGAACUGGCCUGCGAGAAUCCGGGCAUGGCUCUUUUACUGAGAGUGUACAUAUUUAUCAGAGCAACGUCCUUGUAGGAGUGAACACUGCGGAGGCUUCAAGUAUCAGCAUUGUUCCGUUCCAACUGAUAAGAAUACGCCCUUUCAAUUUUGCUCUUUUGCAGGUCAAACCUCGACCUGAGCUGUUUCUGUAGUGUGCUAGCAGUUAACCUAUUCGAAACAUUUAUUGACCUGUGACGCCCAUUUCAUCCAUGUUGGGGUUACACGGUGUAAAAUGAGAACACUUGUGGUUCCAGAUUCAUUCCUAGUGCCUUGAAAAGGAGGGCUGAUUUUGCCCUGAAGUGGCUUGUUUCACAAUAAGAGACAAUAAUGAAACGUGUGUUCAUUGUUUAUUGACAUGGCUACCAAGACAAUGCUGAACUUUCUGCAUAUUUUGUCACAUGACUUAUCUUUGUUGUAAAGUGGUAUCCAGCUUGUAAUUAAGGCUUAAAAUAAGAGGAUCCAA